UGAUAUUCAUAUUACCCCGAACUAAAAAUCUAAGAUAAUCUAAAAAUUUAAUUACCUUACACGACUAACAGCCUCAAUAUAAUACACCAAAUCAAUCAAUGAGUGUUGUUUUACUGUCUAAGAUGAAACGUUCCAGAGGAGUCCGGCUCAGUCGGUGGAGGGGCCAACAUGACUCUACAGUGCUACUUUGUAGAGUCAUCCCCCGUCAGUACCAGUUGUACUCCUAAAGUCGAUGAAGAAGCCGUGAACGAGAACGAAGAUGAACGUGUUGAACAUCUUCAUGCUAGUACUAGAACAACUACUUCUACUAGAAGUACUAAAGAAGCAGCAGAAAAGCUUGGAAAAGUACAGUCUAGGAGAAAAAUUCGUAGCAAAUUAUUCGACUUUCGACGCGAAGAGGAGGAGGAGCGGGAGAAAGCUGAUUCUUAAGGCUCAAUACGAUUCAUUUCCGUAGCCAUUUUGGCUCAAGGACAACCCAACUACACCACCUUAGGGAACAAACAAAAAUGACCUCUCAGCGGCCUCGUUUAGUCACCUGGUGACCUUCUCUCCACGACCUAGACUAGUGUUCCGGCUCAAUGAUAUACCUUCUUGUUUUAAAAGAUGUAAUGACUUGGUCUUCUUCGGUUCAAACAUCAUUUCUACAACAAGGCUUCUUUCCCCUUUUCCUUCUUAGGAUUGGAAGAAAUUCAGGCAACAAGAAGUGAAUUGUUUUGAGCUCUAAGAUUCGUCGCUUUUGAAUCCAGCAUCGAUUCUCUGCGUUGCACUGGCUGGACACUAUGCAGCAAAGCUGUUCUUCGAGUCCGAUCAUGCAUGGAUGUUUCUUUGAGAACAGGAGCAGUUUGAUUCCAAGUUCGAGCUAUUGACGGUUUUUCUUAUCUAUCAACUCUAAACUUUUAUCUAUCACUCUGAUCUUCUUCAUCUUAUCCCCUAACACUAACAUAACAUCGAGUAUUUCAUCUUCCCAUCACCCAGCGCUGACAACAUUAAUGCAACGUCGAAUUGAGUAUUUGAAAAUGAAAAAAGUGAACAAAAUUUUGCGACUACGAGUUUAGUGUUGUUUUCAAAAGUUUUGUAAGUUUUGGUAGCAAGAAGAUUGAACUCCGUAUUUUCAUCCAUUGUGGCUGCUACUAGUAGUAGGGUCAUGCAUAUCGUCAUGCACCACUCACCAAUUUUAAUUUCUUGCAUAUUUCAAAAACGAGUAACCACCGUUCGUAGUCUUGAGUUCUUCUAUUCGUACAGAUUGGAAAGAAGAGAGCUAAAAGUAGUUAGGUUUUCCUCAUGAGUAACUUUCGCAGUGAUCGUACCCGUAGUUGGAUACUGAAGAUAUUGAUCCUCAUUACAUACACAACUAUCAUGAUUUCUCCCAUCCGCCCAUCGCAGAUUAUCAUUUUGUUCGUAUGUGUGCAACAUUGAAAUACUUCCUGAUCUACUCGAGCUUCAUGUUUUGAACAUGCUUUUAUUUCCGUAUUCCACGAUCCCUCCCCAUCAUUUCAGAUCGCCAAAAUAAGAGUUUUUCAUUUCGAUAAACAGCUCCAAAAUAAAUGCUAAAAAAUCACUCAGACAGCUGUAUUACCCUACAUUUUUUUGAAACUCCCACUCCUAGUAACUAAGUAUAUCCCGUACCUCUACCUCCUCCUGUGCCUCCACGUGCAUAGAAAAUAAUAUGUAGUCCCUUUCUAUCAUUUCUGACUUCGUAUUCCUAUUCGGGCACAGGCAUCUAGAUCUAUGAGAGCUAAUCUCCCUAUAAUUUAUUCUAUAUCAUGUUCUUGUUGUUCACCUUGUUAUUCCUAUCGUUACUCCAAAUAACCCCCUCCAUUUCUGAAUCCCAAGCGACACUCCAUACGAGACCCCUCCACUUGUCUCAGGACAUCAUACAUCCCGUUCCUACUUGACAAUGACAUUCCAAGCGACACUCCAUACGAGACUUCCCGUUCCUCCGUGACAAUGACAUUCCAAACCGUGAUAAUGACAUUCCAAACGACGUAUUUUUGCAACCA